UAGUUGCCCCAAUGGACGUUGACCUCGUCCAAUAUUGGCUUUUGCCAUUUCCCUAUAGUUUGCAGAGGACACGCGCCGGAGCCAUGGACAUAAACGUUGUAAAUGCUCUAACAUACGAGGAUUUUGUGAAACUAUUCGGUAAUGUGGUUGAGAAAUGCCCCCUCAUUUCGGCUGCAAUAUGGUCCCACCGGCCAUUCAAAGAUCUAGCAGACAUCGAGGCUCACAUAACGGAAUUCAUUCUCAGUCUACCAGACUCAGGUAAAGAGGGUAUUUUGCGGUGUCACCCUGAUUUGGCGGGCCGGGACCUCCAGAGCGGGACGCUCACACGCGAGUCUCAAGAAGAGCAGAGUCAAGCCGGUAUGACCACACUGGACUCCGCAGAGGUUCUGCAAAUGUACCGUCUAAACUCGGAGUACAAGGAACGCUUUGGCUUCCCUUUUGUCAUCUGUGCCCGUCUCAACAAAAAAGCAGAUAUUGUGGGCCAGCUGUCUGAACGCUUGAAGAAUGACCGCGCAGUGGAACGAGAGCGCGCGAUUGAAGAGGUGAAAAAAAUCUGUCGCCUCAGGUUACGCAAUAUUGUCUUAUCUGACAUUCAAACCAAACUGUAACAAGUUACCGUUACAACAUUUUUUACUGCAUCUCUCUACUUGAUUGUAUAGCCUAUUUCUUAAA